AUGGAAUCUACGAUUCAAGAUGAAUCAGGAGCUCUGUCUUCGUGGGAACAAGACGCGAAGGCGAAAAGAGACAGAGUCAAUGCGCUUAUUCCUGAAGCAUGGCGUCUUCCAUCCAUACCAUCUUCCAUCGAGCAAAAGGAUGUAACGGGUGAAUAUAUCAGACAAUUCCUAACUGCCAAAGAAGUUGAGAUUACCGAAACUGAUGCCUGCGAUAUCGUCUUGCGGACUGCGAGUGGUGCAUGGAAAGCACGUGAAGUCGCUGAAGCGUUUUGUCAUCGAGCAGCGCUGGCACAUCAACUUACUAAUUGCCUGCAUGAGAUUUUCUUUGACGCUGCCUUAGCCGAUGCCCAGGCUCAGGACAACUACUUCGCCACCCACAAGAAGCCGAUUGGACCACUUCAUGGCCUUCCUGUCAGUCUCAAGGACCAGUUUCAUGUGAAGGGCGUUGAGACGACGAUGGGUUAUAUAGGUUGGAUGGGUACAUUUGAGGGCCUCAGAGGCACCGGUAAAGAGCUCGUCUACGAAUCAGAGAUGGUACGCGAACUACGCUCUCUCGGCGCUAUUCUGUAUUGUAAAACCGCGGUACCACACACACUGAUGGCCGGUGAGACAGUUAACAACAUCAUUGGGUAUACAUGGAGCCCUAAAAACAGACUUCUCUCGGCGGGUGGUAGUUCAGGCGGCGAAGGUGCCUUGAUCGGGUUCAAGGGAAGUCCCGUAGGAUUUGGCACUGAUAUUGGUGGUAGUAUCAGAAUUCCAGCUGCAUUCAAUGGAUUGUAUGGUUUGAGACCGUCUGCUGGACGCUUGCCUUACGAGGGCAUGGCAAAUAGUAUGGACGGCCAGAACUCCGUUUUAUCGGUUGUCGGUCCUCUAUCUACGAGUGUUGGCUCUCUUAGACUACUCGUGCAAAGUUUGCUGUCUCAAGAGCCAUGGUUGCACGAUCCAUUAGUUCUGGAACUUCCCUGGAGAGAUGUGCCGGAUUUGAGUGGAACUCCGCUGACGUUUGGCAUCUUCAAGGAUGAUGGCAUAGUCAAGCCUCAUCCUCCAGUCGCACGUGCUAUCGACAUGGUUGUCACCGCCAUCAAUAGAGCUGGCCAUCAAGUUAUGGAAUGGAGUCCUCCAUCUCAUACUGAGGGUAUACGACUGGUAAAUGAGGUUUACGUCUUGGAUGGAGGUCAUGAUGUACAUUCGGCAUUUGGGCUAACUGGAGAGACCGUUGCCGAUCAAAUUGUGACCAUGUAUGGGAGGACGCCGACUUCUGAGAAAUCAGCUUCAUAUAUAGCUGCAAUCAACAUUGAGAAAAGAAACUACCAGAAGCAAUAUCUGGAAUACUGGAAUAGCACCACUGAGCUGACUGGUACCGGACGUGCAGUUGAUGCAUUCAUCAUGCCGGUAGCAGCGAUUGCAGCAGCUAGGCCGAAAUUGUACAAUUAUUAUGGCUAUUCGACCAUCAUCAAUCUCUUAGACUAUGCAUCCUGUACUUUGCCGGUGACAACAGUCGACAAGGACGUUGAUCAAUUCGACUCAAACCAUGAACCACGGAAUAAGGUGGAUGAGAUUGCUUGGAAAAGCUAUGACCCCGAGAUAUAUGAUGGCGCACACGUCAGUGUCCAGGUGGUUGCUAGGCGUCUUCAGGAGGAGAGAGUGCUGACGCUUACGGAGAUCCUCGCCAGGGCACUUCAAUUGUAA